CAUAUUUAUUUGUAUUUAUUCGUUAAUUUGCAUCUCUCUCGGACGAGAUCGACUCCUUUCGACAAACAAACAAACAAACAAAGGUUUUACAGGAAUAGCUAAUUGUUGCACAUGUCAAUCAUGAUCCUUGUUAAGUGAUACUGAAAUUAUAGGCAGGUUAGAAUGGUUGCGGUCCCUCCGUGUAAAUGACUUUCCGGGGAUUCGAGCUUGUGUUUUCACCUUUACGCGGUCUUGUUUGUUGGGUUAGUUGGGCAACACAUGUGCUAUCACCAAGAGGGUGAUGCUGAAUACAUGGCGGAUGAAUACGAAAUGGAAGAUGUAGAAGAUGAUAUGGAUGAUGUGAUUGUUAAUAGGGAAACUGACGACCUAGAGUCUGAUGGUGAUGAAUAUGAUUACUCGAGUAGUAAGGUGGUAGACACUACAGCUGCUCAUGCCAGAAGAGGGCAAGACAUCCAGGGAAUUCCUUGGGAUAGCCUUAGCAUCACCAGAGAAAGGUAUCGGCAAACUAGGCUUGAGCAGUACAAGAAUUAUGAAAAUAUCCCCCAUUCAGGGGAGAAGUCAGGGAAGGAUUGCAUAAAUACCAAGAAGGGAUUCUCAUUUUACGAGUUCCAAAAAAAUUCAAGAUCUGUAAAGUCAACAAUUCUUCAUUUUCAGUUGAGGAAUUUGGUUUGGGCUACAUCAAAGCAUGAUGUGUAUCUUAUGUCACAGUUUUCAGUAACUCAUUGGUCUUCUUUGACUAGUACAAGGUCAGAAGUGCUCAACGUUUCAGGACAUGUUGCACCAUCAGAGAAACAUCCUGGAAGUCUGUUGGAGGGGUUUACACACACUCAAGUUAGUACACUUGCAGUGAAAGAGAAGCUUCUAGUUGCUGGAGGAUUUCAGGGUGAACUUAUUUGUAAGCACUUAGACCGACCUGGUGUUAGCUUUUGCUCAAGGACAACUUAUGAUGAUAAUGCUAUCACUAAUGCCCUUGAAAUUUAUGCUUCUCCCAGUGGCGCAGUUCAUUUCACAGCCUCAAAUAAUGAUUCUGUAGUCAGAGACUUUGAUAUGGAGAAAUUUCAGCUUUCUAAGCAUUUUCGUUUUCCCUGGCCAGUGAACCAUACGUCUCUCAGUCCAAAUGGUAAGCUACUUCUAAUUGUUGGAGACAAUCCUGAAAGCAUGUUGGUAGACUCCCAAACUGGAAAGACAAUUAUUUCCUUAUGUGGGCACUUGGAUUUUUCAUUUGCAUCAGCAUGGCAUCCUGAUGGUAUGACUUUUGCUACUGGAAACCAGGACAAAACCUGCCGAAUUUGGGACAUGAGAAAUUUAUCAAAGUCAGUGGCAGUGCUGAAGGGAAACCUCGGAGCUAUCCGUUCAAUCCGGUAUACUUCAGAUGGCCAGUAUUUGGCUAUGGCCGAGCCAGCAGAUUUUGUGCAUGUAUAUGAUGUGAAAAGCGGGUACGAGAGAGAACAGGAAAUUGAUUUUUUUGGUGAGAUAUCUGGCAUCUCUUUCAGUCCGGACACUGAAUCCCUUUUCAUUGGGGUUUGGGAUCGCACUUAUGGCAGCCUUCUUGAGUAUGGCCGGCGCCAGAACUAUUCAUACCUUGAUUCAAUGAUUUAGUUGAAUAUUCGAGGAGAGGUAUAAGUAGUAGUGAGUAUCAUGGUAGUUGGUGCACUUGAACAGUAUAUCCUGCAAUUUGGUGGUGUGUUUACUUCAUUCAGUGUGUGGAAAGCGGGGGAUGUACAGAAUCAAGAGGCUUGAAGGCGGCGCGCUGCAAAUGGGCUGGAAAGUAAGAUAUGUUUUGAAUGGUUGAUCAUGACAUGCUGUAUCUGUAUGUAAUUUAGAAAUUCUGUUUGUGGAAACUCAUUCUGGCGAGAUCAUAUAAAUCAUAACGUUUCUGUCA